AUGGAUCUGAAAGUAAUUCAUCCCGUCACAGCUGUUGUCUUCUUCUCCUUCCUCCUCGUCGGGGGCCAAUUUUCAGAUGAUCUCGAUGCCGUCGAAUUCGUCCAGGACAGUGGCGGAUUGAGGAGCACUGCUUGCCUAAGAUUGGAGGAGAAGGAUCGACGCCUCAAUUGUCAAAGGCAAUGUUCUCGGCGGCGGCAUAAUAGAGGACUGAGGAGAAGCAGUCGGGAAAGGUAG